GGACCGUUAAACCGUGAUCUCUCACGGCUAGCGGCGUACGGUGUACGAUGGUUCUAAAUCUCGUAGGUUGCCUUGCCGUUUAUGCUUUUAAAUGUGGAUGGGGGAAGACCAUAGCAUCAGCUAAAUGGCAAAGCGGUGAAACCAAACGCCACGAUCUCACACACGAAAAACCGCACGACACAGAAGCAGGAAAGUUGUCUUCCUCGUCAUCCACCGACUCCCUCAACUAACUAACUGUAAGGACAGGAGUUUAUAUCAAUAGGAAACCAAGUCCUGCUAUCCUUCUGCGGGCUACGACACCUGUCCAUGGUAUUGCUCUUGUUCCUCCUGCGCCACUUGUUCUGAAUCCUGUGCCCACAAAGGAAAGACAAACACCUACCGUCCACACCUUCCGGACAUGCGACCCACCGGCCUUUCCACUUUCUCUCCGGCGAAUGCACCGAUCCAAAACCUCUGCCCAUUCCUACAUCCGAAAUUCUCACCCGAAAGCCAGGGUAUGUCCCCAAAACAUCCAGGCAGCCAAAGCCCGUUCCCAAAAACUAUCCAAGAACAAAACAUCAUAAUAGCAUGCUGACCGGACAUGGAAAUUUCCAACAUAUGCCAGUGUAGCUAUCUGUGCGCACUACUCGGAUGUACGCAAUUGCACUCGUUUCUUUCUUCCAACGAUCCCCACUCAGAUUGCUUACUCUCGCGCUAUGCAUACGAAGCAGAUCGAGGAUACCACGGAACCUGCAAGAGCGGCGGAUCCUCUCCCUUCCUUGUGUACGUGGAGCGGUUAUUGCCUCUCAAAAAAAACAAAGGAGAAUCCCGCUUCCUGCCCCUCUUCGUAUCUCCAUGUGCUCGACAAUGCGAUCCAACUCCCACGUGGCGGCACAAUAUCCUAAGCAAGCUCAAUAAUAGCAGGCGGACCCCUGGGCGAGGCCGAUGGAAUUGUGCACGGCCUCCGAGAUGGCGAACUCGCCGUUACUGAUGGUGCAACCGUCAUGUGUGAAAGUUGUUGGCACUUUGCUGCUGUUACAGGCGCUGGCUUACUUUUUCAUGGCGCCAUUAUCGAAGCCCGCGAUCUAGACGUGUGAAUGUCGGCUGAGGACAUGUACGGCCUGCAAACUGCGGCCUCCACCAAUAACCGGUUCACGAUAUUCCCUUUCGUUUUCGAAUAUCGAUCAUCCUACGACAUCCUCGCCAGAUUUGAUUGCCUAAGAAUAAAUGGUGAAACCUUACACCGCCUUACAGGUUAUUUCUUUGCGAGCCACUGGCCGAUAACCA